ACUAGUGUCGUUAAAACCCAAAUUUGUACUAGUGAUAUUAUAUCACUGGAGAAUAUGUACGAGGCGUAACACUUUAUCUGAGUUAUACUUGUCCGUCCAUUCGUUAGAGCCUUGCAAGCAUGUGACACAAAAAUUUAUAGGCUGGUGGGCCUCGAGGCACGAUACCUAUUUUGAGGAUAACAGACACCAUUUGGUGAGUAGUGUCAUUCCUCCCCUUUCACAACCCAAACUGUCUAAGAACCGAGGGAGCAACUUGAAUGAUAAAGAAAUUUACUUGGUUGAGGCGAUGGAUGCUGCUCUCGAGGAGGAGAUAAAGGAGCAUAAAGAUGAGAGUGAAAGCAUCAAAAGUGAUCGUCAUUGGAAGAGACCUUUGAAGAAAGCGAAGGUAUCAAGUGAUGAUCUCGACGGAAGGGUUUCAAGUGCUUUGGGAGUCCCUGAUGUUCCACCACUGUCACCUUUGAACCAUCAUCUUGAAGGCCUUAUAGAGCAGUUGAUUCGACCAUUGAGAAAGUUGGUACCUCGAAGACUCCUGCCUCUAAACCAGCCAAACAGUCCUUACGUCCAUCUACUCUUCUCGAGGAGAUUCAUCGAGGCAAGAUGAUAGUGGUAGGAAAAGACAUUGGGAGUCCUUCAUCCAAAGGAGAUGCCUGUCCUAAAGCACCCUUACAGAAGGUCAGCUCGACACCUGCUCCCCUUAAGUUUUCUGAAUCGUUUUUAGACACUUCUAAUAGACAGACUACGAGAAACCCUAAACCUUCUCAGUGAGUUGAUGAAAAUAUUGUUUCAAACUUCUUCAAGAAAACAGCCUUAUAUAUGUUGGAGGAUAUUCAAUAUAAGAUCAUGUGAACUUCUUUUGAAUAUAUCCCAAGACUUAGGCUAGAAAUAGUAACGGUUCUCUCGGAGAUUGAAAAGAUCCAUGCAGAUGGCUUGAUUCCUCUUGAAGAGUAUUUAAAUAGCUAUCUUAAGAGGGACAAUUUCAACGAUGUGUAAUUUUCAUAUUUUGCACAGUUGUUGUCAACAGAUAAAGCUCGUCAAUUAGACGAGAGGACAUCUGCCAUCAAGGAAGCUUUAACUUUGAUGGAACAAGUACGAGGGGAUGCCAAAGUUAUUCAAGAAAGAGCCACGCAGUUAUCUUUAGAAAAGAAGGAACUGAAAAGAAGACUUUAGAGGAUAAAUGUUGAGUCUGAACAACUGUCGAUCUUAUCUUGUGAGAAAGAAGAGGCCAUAAACCAGCAAGAACUAGAAGUUGCCAAGCUCCAAGAUGAAGUUAACACCCUUGAAAGCACCCUGUUAUUACUGAAGAAGUGAUUGAGGCACUGGCUACGGUUCCCAGGAGCAUGGAAGCUUUGAUUUAUGCCUCAUUUGCCCCAUUUUCUUUUGUUGCAAUCCUUGUAAAUGUAUAAAAAAAAAUUUGUUGAAUGAUAAUGCAAAAGA